AUUUUAUAAUUUUAUUUCGUGUUAUAAUUUUGUACGCAAGCAGUAAAAAGGCAGAAUGGAUGACGAUUUACCAACUGACUUCCAGGUCAUCGUGGUUGGGACGGGCAUGGUGGAGUCCAUCGUAGCUGCAGCAUGUAGCAGGAUAGGAAAAAAUGUCCUACACCUGGACUCCAGUGACCACUAUGGUGGACUCUGGGCAUCCUACAACUUUGAUGGACUCCAAAAGUUCAUUAAGGAGGUCAAUGCAGAACCUGAAAGACAGGUACAGGUUUACAACUUGGCAGAGCAGUGGUAUAUUGAAAAAGAUGCCGCUGAUGAAAAAUGCGGAGGUGAGGAGGCGAAGACGGAGGUUCAACCUUCUGUGAAAAUCUGGACUCAAGUCAGUUUUGCUAAUGAAUACAGGAAGUUCAACAUUGACAUGACCCCUAAGCUCCUUUUCUCCCGCGGUCCUUUGGUGGAACUCUUGAUAUCAUCAAACAUCGCUCGUUACGCGGAGUUCCGCUGCGUGACUCGGGUCCUUACAUGGUUGGAGGACCGCUUGACGCCCGUACCAUGCUCCCGUGCUGACGUGUUCGCGACUGAGGCCGUCAGCAUCGUCGAGAAGCGCAUGCUCAUGAAGAUGCUUACUUCCAUCGUUGGGUACAAUGAGGACGAGAUGAAUAAUGAAUUUAAGGACUGGAACGACAAAACUUUCAAGGAGUACUUAACGCACAAGGGGCUAACACCCAAUCUGAUCCACUACGUGUUAUACGCGAUCGCGGGUGGCAACAACCGUAUGGGAUGCUUGGACGGCGUACGCGAGUGCAAGAAAUUCCUUAUGAGUCUCGGCCGCUACGGUAACACUCCGUUCCUCUGGCCGAUGUACGGAAGUGGAGAAUUGCCACAGUGUUUUUGCAGACUUUGCGCCGUUUUCGGCGGUGUGUACUGUCUAAAUCGACCGAUAGAUAAGGUGGAGACGAAAACGGUAGAUGAAGGCAAAACUGUGGUCACCAUUGCCAGUAAAUCGAAGACAUUAAACUGCGAUCAUCUCGUCAUCGGCAUUAACGAAUGUCCCAAAGAACUGAUCUCUCCAGUACCGACGGAAAGUUGCGACAUAUCUAAGGCUGUCUUUAUAACUAACGGAUCGAUUAUGAAGAGCGAGAAAGAGCCGCUUACAUUGCUUCGCUUCCCGCCUCUAACUGAAGAUGGUAAUGCUGUAACUGUUCUGGAAGUCGGUCCUGCUACUGGGUCUUGUCCCAAAGGACUUUUCGUGGUGUACUUCAUAACGAAUAAAGUUAAGGAUGCGGAGAGCGACCUCAAACCAUAUGCGGAGAAGAUCUUCGACAUGUCCGCCGGCGAUCAAACAGCAGAGUCUGACAAACCUAAGUGCUUGUGGUCGCUGUUUUACAACGUGAAGGACACGAGUGCUCCGGUGGUGGCAACCGCCGACAACGUACACAUCUGCUCAGGGCCCGACGCCGGCCUCGACUUCGAUCGCGCUGUCGAACAGGCGGAGCAAAUCUUCAAGAAGAUCUGCCCGGGAGAAGAAUUUCUGCCGCGCGCGCCUGACCCAGAGGAGAUCGUGUUUGAAGAUGACGUCACCCACGGGCCCGCUUUCCGCAAAGAGGACGGCGACGAUGCCGAAGGACCUAAAGAAUAAGCCGCUCCACGCGCAAUUGCCAACGCGUUUCAGCGACUCUGCGCCUCGCAUGUACUUUGUAAUGAGUCAAUUAAACUUGUAUAAGAUAUCCUCUAUGUAAAAGAUAGUGCAGAUAUCACUCCGCUUGUGGAUUUACUCCGAACCCAUGUUUUUAAAUGUCUUAUUAUAAUGUAUGGUAUUUGCGUGCGAAUUGCGGAGGUAGUGAUGUAGAUCCGUAUGUGGAGCGAAAUCUGCAUAGAUUCAGCAAAGUACCCUUCAAACGUUAAGUUUCUGAGAGUGGCGAAUAUGUGGAGUAAUUAAUGGGUUCACGUGACUUGCUCUUAGCCUAGCCAUUAAUUACAUUAAUCAAUUCGAGUCGCUCAGACGCGCUGACACGUGAAGUUAAAGCUAAGGUGUAAUCUUAGUAAGAUUUAUACGCUUUUCUUGUAUGUUUGUUUCGACGUCGCAAUAAAUUUUGUUUAUGGAACACACGUAUGAACAAUGAAGAAAUUGAGACGCCAGUCAAACGUGUCUGUGGUUGCUUGACUUCGUGCAUUCCGACUGGUGCGUUUCGAGUAGGUAGUGUAUGAUCUCCGGUUGUGCUGACGUUCGUAGGAUAGGUGUCGAAUGGACACGCCACCUGCCGAGUUUACUAGCGGAUAUCAUGUGUCCAUUGUUUAUAAACUUAUAAACGUGGCAUUGUUGUAGUCAAGCAACUCUCGUAUGUCGCUAGUAUACUUAUAAGUGCGGAAACACUGGCUAAUGAUGGCACAGGGUUUGUGGAACAAAAUAAGUCGGCUAUGUGGUCUUGAUAUGGGCAAGAUCCACAUAUAGCACUUUUCAUAAAUCAAUACGAAUAUCCAUAUUUAGUUAACUGAACUUUUGGGGAACUGCCUACACCACAUUUAUCGACUUGAACCGGGAUGAACAAGCGAAAGAAUCAGUUCAAGUCCAUGCAAUAACAGCGAAAAAGAAGUUGUUUCUCAACGUCUGAUAAUGCGAUGUAACGCACACACUCAACCUAGCCCCGCUAGGGAAACCCUGUGUCGCGGGUGCCAUGGACACACAAAUAGAUAACCACAAAUUACACCCAAACUCACAAGAGAAAUAAAUGUAGGCCAUACAAAUAUUUCUCCUGGGCCGGGAAUCGAACCUGGGACCUCUGCAUGGCAGUCCGGCACAGUAACCGUUCGGCCACGAAGGCAGUUAAAUUCACAUCUUUUUCGCCAAUUCCGAUUUUCAUCGAUAAAUGAAUACGUCUACACACUACGCCAACAUUAUUUUUUGGUCAUUUUAUGUUAUUUUCUUAAACAGCUGUGAACAAAAAAUAAAAUUCGGAAAAAGAACAAAAAAACAAAAUUUUGUGAAAAAA